AUGGCCUUGUGUCUGCCUUGGGUGAGGCUCAAGCCUCAUAUAUUGUUGUUGCUGCUGCAGCAGCUGCUGCUGCAGCCGCUGCAGCUGCAGCUGCUGCUGCUGCAGGGAUCUGUUAAUAUAAGCAGCGCAGCAGCAAUUACUCCCCGCUGCAGCACCAAUGGUCUCCCUUGCUGCGGAUUUAUUUCCCCUAAGGCUGCCCUAUUGGGGUUAGUGGUGCCUUGUGCUCCAGAUCGUGCUGCAGCAGCAGGAGCAGCAGCACCAGCAGCAGCAGCACCAGCAGCAACAGUAGCAGCAGCAGCAACAACAGCAGCAGCAGCAGCAGCACCAGGGGAGAGCUUCGAAGGGGAGACUCUCCAAGGCCCCGAAGUGCAGCAGGAGGACUCAUCAUGGAGACAGCAGCGACAACUGCAGCAGCAGCAGCAGCAGCAGCAGCAGCAAGGGGGUUGGCAGGAUCCUGGCAGCAGCAACAGCUGGCGUCAGGCAUGGAGGCCAAGACGGCCUUGGGGUGUACGUACACCUUUUAGGCAGCGCUACCCUCAGCAGCAGCAGAUGCUGCAGCAGCAGCAGCAGCAGCAAUUUAGAGGUGCAGCACAAGACGUAGGAGGUUACUGGCGCGGCCCUCGCUGGCAGCGUCGUCGUCGUCCCCCAGCAGCAGCAGCAGCAGCAGCAGCAGCAGAUGGUUUCCCUCGCAUGCAGGGUAUACCACUGCAGCGUCAAUUCGGGCAGCAGCAGCAGCAGCAGCAGCAGCAUUGGUACGGAGGUGCUGCAGGUUCGCCUCUUCUUCCCCCACCAUCUCCUGCUGCUGCUGCUGCUGCUGCUGCAGCAACAGGAGGAGGAGGAGGAGGGUAUAAUAAUAUAAAUCGUGUAAUAGAUGUAGGUUUGCUGCUGCAGCACGACAGUCUGCUGCAGCAGCAAAUGGAGACAGUGCUGCCUCUCUCCUUCUCUGCGGAGACACUUGCUGAUUUAGUUGAGGGAUGCAGGAGACAGCAUUUGCUGCUGCUAAGGAGACACCAGGGUCCUCCUCCUCUUACUACAUCUAUUCCUGCUGCUGCUGCUGCUGCUGCAGCAGCUGCUGCUGCUGCUAAAGAGGAAGAGCACAAACAACAACAACAGCAACAGCAGCAGGACAUAGGUGAUGGUGCUGCUGAUGCAGCAGCAGCAGCAGCAGCAGCAGCAGCAGGACCUUUUGGUACUUGGUGGUUCCCUCUUAAUGCUUCUUAUGCAGCAGCAAAAGAGCGGCUACAAGCAGAGAUGCAGCAGCAGCAACAACAGCAGCAGCAGCAGCAACUGCAGCAGCAACUACAGCUGCAGCUGCUGCAGAAUAAUAUGCUGCUGCUGCAGCAAGAAGCAAAACAAAGAAAAAGAAGAAGAGAAAUUCUCUCCGAGGCACUCGCAAGGCAUGGACUAGAAAUACAUCCAUCGAGUUGGUUAUGCCGUGCAUUUGUAUACACACGAUGGGCAUCAAUAAGAUCUGUUGUUGCUGCUCUAUGGAGACACCGUGUCCUUGAUCAACUCUAUCAGCCUAUGCGCCAGCAGCCCCUGCAGCAGCAGCAGCAGCAGUUAGGGCAGCAGCAGCAGCAGCAGCAGCUAGGGCAGCAGCAGCAGCAGCAAGGAGGGGGUAUUGCUGCUCUUGAGGAUGACUGGAGGAAACAUAUCCUAUGGAAUACAGGGAUGGAUAUAGCAGCACAUCCGGAAUUGGAGAAGGCGCUGCUGCUGCAGAAGGAACAAUUUGUGCAGCGUCGCUACUUUGCUGUUGUAAGGAGACACCCCAAUUGGCAAUUUAGAUUUAUUCCUCCGGACAGCAGCAACAGCAGCAACAGCAGCAGCAGCAGCAGCAGCAGCAGCGGAGAGCUGUACCUGCCUACGAGGCGGCGGGGACAACAGCGGUAUCCAGGAAACCAGCUAGGAGAAGAGCAGCAGCAGCAGCAGCAGCAGCAGCAGUUGCUGCUACGUACAGAAGAAGCAGACGACACUUCUGCGGCUGUUGAAGAAACCGCAGCAGAAGCAGCAGCAGCAGCAGAAGAGGCAGCAGCAGCAGUAGCAGCACUUGAAGAAGGAGUAGAGGCAGCAGUACCAGCAGCAGAAGAGGAGGCAGCAGCAGCAGCAGCAGCAGAUGUCUCUGCGCCUGCAACAAAGAGCCGCCAGAGUCGUCGGGGAAGACGCAGCUUGCAGCAGGAGACAGCAGCAGCAGAAGAAGCAGCCGCAGCAGAAGCAGCAGCAGAAGCAGCAGCAACAGAAGCAGCAGCAGCGGCAGAAGUAGCAGCAGCAGAAGCAGCAGCAGCAGAAGCAGCAGCAGCAGAAGCAGCAGCAGCAGAAGCAGCAGCAGCAGAAGCAGCAGCAGCAAACGAAAUGUCCCCUGGGGAGGCCGCCUUUACUGAAGGCCUCUAUAGUAGUGACGACAGCAGCAGCAGCAGCAGCAGCAGCAGCAGCAGCAGCGAGGAAGGAGACACAUCAGGGGAAGGAUCUUUGUCUUCAUCUUUUGAGGAGCAGUAG